AUGCGCGGAAGCGGCGGCGGUGACCGCGGCCGUGGCGACGACGACCGUCGCGGAGGCAUCGAGGACCGCCGCGGCGGCUACGGCGGCGGCAACGACCGUCGCGGAGGCUCGCGCGAGCGCUACGGCUCCCGUGAGCGUAGCGAGCCCCGCACUAACUCGCGCUGGGCCGGCUUCGAGUCGGACCGUCGCGACGACCGCCGCGGGGGCUACGGCGGCGACGACCGUCGUGGCGGCUACGGUGGUGGCUACGGCGGAGGUGGCGGAGGUGGCGGCGGCGGCUACGGCCGUGGCGGCGGCGCCGCGCGCGUGAACGAGGUCGGCUACCACGGCGACCUGCGUCCCAACGAGCGCCUGGAGCGCGAGCUUUUCGGUGACGCCAAGUCGUCCGGCAUCAACUUCGACAAGUACGACGACAUCCCCGUCGAGACGAGCGGCGAGAACGUGCCCGACCCGGUGUCGGAGUUCUCGGCCACCGAGUUGGGCCCCGAGGUCAUCCGCAACCUGGAGCUGUGCAAGUACAGCAAGCCCACCCCCGUGCAGAAGUACUCGAUCCCGAUCGGUCUGGCCGGCCGUGACAUGAUGGCCUGUGCCCAGACCGGCUCCGGUAAGACGGGCGGUUUCCUGUUCCCCACGCUCGCGGCCAUGCUGCGCGUGGGCGGCACGCCCCCGCCCGAGGUCGGCCACGGCCGCUCGCGCAAGAUUUUCCCGUCGGCCCUUGUGCUGUCCCCCACGCGUGAGCUGGCGUCGCAGAUCCACGACGAGGCCAAGAAGUUUUGCUACUGCACGGGUAUCGCCCCCGUCGUCAUCUACGGUGGUGCCGAGGUCGGCCGCCAACUGCGUGAGCUGGAGCGCGGUUGCGACCUGCUUGUGGCUACUCCUGGCCGUCUCGUCGACCUGAUGGAGCGUGGCCGCAUCUCGCUGGCGUGCAUCCGCUUCCUGAUUCUGGAUGAGGCUGACCGCAUGCUUGACAUGGGUUUCGAGCCCCAGAUCCGCCGCAUUGUCGAGCAGGAGGACAUGCCGCGUGAGCGUCAGACCUUCAUGUUCAGUGCCACGUUCCCGCGUGAGAUCCAGCGCCUCGCGUCCGACUUCCUGCGCGACUACAUUUUUCUGACGGUCGGCCGUGUGGGUUCGGCCUCGAAGGAUGUGAAGCAGACGGUGGAGUACAUUGAGCAGUACGACAAGGAGGACUACCUGGUGCGUUUCCUGAACCAGGUGCAGGACGGCCUGAUCCUGGUGUUCGUCGAGACGAAGCGUGGCGCCGACUUCCUGGAGGACAUGCUGUGCCGCGAGGGUUUCCCGGCCACGUCGAUCCACGGUGACCGCUCGCAGCGCGAGCGUGAGCAGGCCCUGGCCAGCUUCAAGUCGGGCCGCACGCCCGUGCUGGUGGCUACGGACGUGGCUGCCCGUGGUCUUGACAUCGACGGUGUGACCCAGGUCAUCAACUUUGACCUGCCCAACAAUAUCGACGACUACGUGCACCGUAUCGGUCGUACGGGCCGUGUGGGUAACGUUGGCAACGCUCUCUCCAUGAUGAACGAGAAGAACCGCAACAUCGCUCGCGAGAUGUACGAGCUGAUGGCUGAGAACGGUCAGGAGAUCCCUGCGUUCCUGGACCAGAUGGCCAACAGCGGCUACCGCGGCGGAGGCGGCGGUCGUGGUCGCAGCGGCCGUGGCGGCCGUGGCAGCUCCCGCUUCGGUGCUAGGGACUUCCGUAACGAGGAGCGCGGCGGAGGCGGCGGCGGCUCUCGUGGCAGUAGCGGCGGCUUCGGAGGCGGCUACGGUGGCGGCUACGGCGGCGGCGGCGGUGGCUACGGUGGCGGCGGCUUCAGCGGUGGCGGCAGCCGCGGCGGUGGUUCUCGCGGCGGAGGCUUCAGCGAGGACAACAGCGCCUGGUAA